UUUGUACCCUUUAACUCUGAUUUUCAUUUUUCAGUUACAAAACAAGUAAAGCAAACAGAGGCAGAAAAAGGAACAAAGUAACAAAACAAUCAGUGAACUCGGAGCAGCAGACCUUCAUUUCAUCCAUCAAUGGCGUCUCCUUCACCAUCAUCAUCAUCAUCCACCAUCGGAGCAGAACCUCCGAAGAAAACAGGAACAAGCUUGUUCAGAAACGCCAUGAAAAGGAAGCACAACUUCAUCCAAUUCUUCGCCAUGUCCGGCAUUCUCCUCCUCAGCAUGCGAUCCCUCGGCCAGAAGUAUCGCAUCUACGAUCUUCAAGAAGACAUGGCUGCUCUUCAAGAUGAACACUCUUCUCUCCUCAAUCGUAUCAACCACGUCAAAUCAAGUCUUCAGCAUGAAGCUUCUCUCGAUUCUUCUGGAAUCUUCGCUUCUCGCCUUGGCCGCCUAUUCGGUGAUGAUCACUGAUUUCUCAUUUCUCUUCAAUUUUAUGAGAAUCUGAUUUUGCAGUGAUUAUGUUAGGGUUUAGGGUUUAUAUGAUGUAUAUGAUGUAAUGCCGUGUAUGUCGUAUUUUGUGCAAUAAAUUGAACCUUUGAUUGACUGAUUGCGCAUGUUUCGCGCUAAUUGCUAAAUCGAGAUUGUCAGUAAUCUGUUAUUUCUCUUCCUCUUUAAUUUUCUAUUGAAAUUGAAGUUCUGAUUUCGCAGUUAUAA